CUCGCCUUCCCCUUCCUCCAGCCACCGAUCGAGACGUCCCAAUCGAGCCGAGCUAAUCGGAAUCUCAUCUCAUCUCACACCGCCAUUGCCAGUGCCAUUGCCAUCGGCGGCACCAGCAGCAGCAGCAACAGCAGGCCAAUCCAUCCGGUGCCGUGUUCGUGUGUGUCCGGCAGCCAACAAUAUGGGAGUGGAGUCGUCGGAGUGCGACAGGAUAAAGGGGCCGUGGAGCCCCGAGGAGGACGAGGCGCUGCGGCGGCUCGUGGAGCGCCACGGCGCGCGGAACUGGACGGCGAUCGGGCGAGGGAUCCCGGGCCGGUCGGGGAAGUCGUGCCGGCUCCGGUGGUGCAACCAGCUGUCCCCGCAGGUGGAGCGCCGCCCCUUCACGCCCGAGGAGGACGCCGCGAUCCUGGCCGCGCACGCGCGCCUGGGAAACCGCUGGGCCGCGAUCGCGCGCCUCCUUCCCGGCCGCACCGACAACGCCGUCAAGAACCAUUGGAACUCGUCGCUCAAGCGGAAGCUCGCCACCGCCACCUCCAGCGGCGGGGCGGAUAUCGGCGACCCCGAGGAGCGGCCGUGCAAGCGCGCGAGCCCUGCUGGCCCCGGGAGCCCGACGGCGUCGGAUCGCAGCGACCUCAGCCACGGCUGCGGCGGCGCCGCGCAGGUGUUCCGCCCCGUCCCGCGCGCCGGCGGCUUCGACGCCAUCAGCUGCACCGCCGACGUGCGCCCUCCUCCGCCCCCGCCAGCAGCAGCAGCAGAAGACUACGAGGACCCGCUCACCUCGCUCUCGCUUUCGCUGCCGGGGCUGGACCACCAGUCGGCGUCGUCGGGGUUCCACCACGACAGCGCGCGGAGCCACUUCCAGGAGCUGUCCCCCUCGCGCUCCCCGUCGCCGCAGUCUACUCCUCCACCCGCCGCCCUUCUUUCGCCGCCGGCGGCGGCGGCUCCCUCUCAGUCGUCGUCGUCGUCGUCGUCGUACCCGUUCAGCGGCGAGCUGGUGGCCGCGAUGCAGGAGAUGAUCCGUGCCGAGGUGCGCAAGUACAUGUCCGGCGCGGGCCUACGCGCCGGCUGCGGUCCCGGCGCCGUCGGCGAGGCGGGCAUGCCGCAGCUGGUGGAGGGCGUCAUGCGCGCCGCCGCGGAGCGCGUCGGCGUCGUCACACGGCCGUAGAAGAAGAAAAUCCCAAACCAAACCAAACCAAAUCAGAUCGAAUCAAUGCGAAGCAUUGUGUUAAUUAAGAUCCCGUCCGUCCUGUGUAGCAGCAACUACGUAGACUACUACUACUACAACUGCUAGUCGUUCUUGUAUGGACCCUUCUUGUAUUUAGGAAGAGAAGCACGCGUUGUUUAUUCGUCGCCGGCGGGUGCCGCUCUGAAUUCAGAAAGAAACAGAGCGGCGGCGGCGGCGAAAGCCGGAAGCGGAAACGGAGGUUGGCAAAUAAUCAUCGAGCCUGCCAUUUCUAUACUCGGGCCUUGUUUAGUUCACCUUGAAAACCAAAAAAUUUUUAAGAUUUCCGUCA